AAACAAACAAGAAAAAUUCCCAACUAACCCACCACACAUCCAGACAAACCAACCACAUUACUACUACCCCAAUCUGCACACUUCAUUGCAACUGCAGCCCAUCCAAACUAAACCAAGCCCUGACCUAUCACAAUCCCCCAAACACCUCACCAUCAUCCACCAGCAACCCAGCACCACCACUUCAUACAAAAGACAAACCCAGGAAAAAGAAAUAAAAUGUCCAAACGCUCACGAAGCACAUCCCCAUCCCUAUCGCCUUCACCUUCACCAUCACCACAACAUUCCUCACCCACCCGUCCCAAAAUCCCCUCCUUAGAUCCCACAGCCACACCCCCCAACCAAGAAGUCAUGCACUGCUCCCUACCGCCCCAUCGGGAAACCAUCUCGUUUACGUCCUACGAAGACUACGAGGUGCAUUACCGUCAGGCACACGUGAAUCGGUGUUCGCAGUGUGGGAAGAAUUUCCCGACGGAGAGGUUUCUGAAUCUUCAUAUUGAAGAGAAUCAUGAUGCGUUGGUAGCGACGAGGAGGGAGAGGGGGGAGAAGACUUAUGCAUGCUUCGUCGAAGGCUGCGAACGCGUAUGCUCUACGCCUCAGAAACGCAGAAUGCAUUUGAUUGAUAGGCAUGAGUUUCUUAAGACAUACAACUUCUACAUCGUAAACGACGGUAUCGACAAGCAGACCUCUCUACUGAGGACACCGCAUGACCAUCGUCGGCGGUUAUCAUCAGCUGCUACGGGUCCUACUUCGCCGAAGGAAGGGCGGUUACGGUAUCGUCAGACUUCCAUAUCCCAGGCUGAUUCUGGUGCGAGUGCUGCUGCUCCUGCUGCUCAUGCUCCGGCUGGUGAUGAGGGGAUGGCGGAGCUGGAGAGGUCCAUGUCUGCGUUGCGGUUUGUUCCGGCUAGUGUGGUGAGGAGUCGGGGGAAGCAGAAGUCUUGA